AUGAAGGAGAGCCAAUUACCGAGCAGCUCAGUGAAGAAAAAUGAGGAUGAGAUAUGGAAGAGGUGUUGGGGUAUGAUGGUUCCUCCAGCAGUCAAGAUGCAUAUCUGGAGAGCUUGCCACAAUCUCCUUCCUACGAAGGACAAUCUAUUUCGCAGAGGAGUGUGUGCUGACCAGAUUUGCCCGUUAUGUUUGCGGGAUACUGAAACAGUGAUACAUAUCACCUGGGAAUGCCCUUCUGCGAAUGAUGUGUGGGGCGGUAGUAUUGUUAAGUUGCAAAAAUGCAGCACAAACGGAGGGUCUUUCAGGCAACUUUUCUCGGACGUCCUCAGACGGUGUGAGAAGAGGGAGGUUGAAUUGUUUUCUGUUACUGCGAGAAAGAUUUGGAUGCGCAGAAACAGAGUAGUGCACGGGGGUUUAUUCCAACACCCUAACCAAGUAUUGAAAGAAGCGGAGGUUGGGCUUGAGGAUUUCCGGAGACUUAAUGUUCCCACCAGUCAUCAGGAAGACCACGCAGCUGAGGCAGACAUAGCGAGAUGGCAGCCACCGCCUCCCAACACAGUUAAAAUUAACUGGGAUGCCGCGGUGGAUCCUUAUAACAAGAGCAUAGGUUUGGGUGUUAUUGCAAGGGACGAGAGGGGAAAAUUCCUAGUAGCUUACAGCAAACACCAGUGGAUUGACGUAGAACCAGUGAUAGCGGAAGCACUUGCUGCUCUUCAUGCAAUUAUUCUAUGUCAGGAGGAGAAUUUCCAGAAUGUGGUUUUUGAAGGCGACUCACUGCAGGUAGUGCAAGCAAUUAAUUCGGAUUCUCAGUGUAAUAGCAAGUAUGGGCAUUUGAUAGAAGACAUUAAGAAAGGCACUAGGAGUUUAGCUUCUUCAAUCUUCACCCACGUCAAAAGAUCGGCCAACGAGGCUGCGAAUGCUCUAGCUGCUAUGGCUAGGACCCAUGUCACGGAUAUUGUUAGAUGGGAUUUUACCCCACACAGUAUUGGUGGUAUUGUAAGCAGGGAGGAGCUUAGUUCCCCCUCUUGA